AUAUGCCGGUAUAUCAUGCAAAUGUCGAAUAUUGGCAGGAAUUUUUCCGCCUUUAUCGCUCCAUGCCCGAACUGUGGCUGACAAAGAGCGAGUGUUAUCGUAAUCGUGCACUGAAGGCGCGCUCCUAUCAGCGAUUAUUGGAUCAUAUGCGCACCCAUGAACCAUCGGCGAAUAUUCACACGCUGAAACGGAAAAUUAACAAUUUUCGGACAUCGUAUCGCCGUGAGUUGCGAAAAAUGCGUCGUUGCAAGGCGAAUGGUACCGAUGAGGAGCAAUAUGUGCCGACAUUGUGGUAUUUCAAGGAAUUGGAUUUCCUAUACGACAUGGAAUUAAUGGACGAUACAGACUAUUUGGGGGGCCCUGAUACAGAGAACGAAGUUGAACAGGAACAAUUGUCGUCGAUUUCUAUAUCACCGGUAUUGUUGCCGCGACCAAAACGGGACCAUAAAAUGCUCGAAUUGGUGGAUGCAUCAGAUGCUAUCGAUCUUGUCCAGUUUACGGGCGAUAUGGAAGACGACGAUAUCUUUGCCGAACCCUUCAGUGUUGAGGAAGAUGUCUUGGAAUUGGAUGGCGAUAUCGAGCACGUUGAAGAAUCUUCGCCGUCCGUGCGUGUCAAAUCAGAGCUUAAGUCAGAGAACCAGACCACCAUCGACUAUAUACAGUCGCCGGAACCGGAGGCAGAACCUUCGACAGCGGAAACUAGCCGGCAGUCGGGGAAGGAGCGACGUCGUCGACAUAGUAGCGCCGAUGAGAGUGUCUCCGAUGUACUCCAACAGAAGAAGCGACGCCUCAAUCUCCAUAAUGCGCAGAAAAUAGAUAAUGAAUGUGAUAUUAUUGGCAAACGUAUGGCGGUACAUUUCCGUAAUAUGCGCAUGGAUCAGAGACUCUUUGCCGAGCGCAUUAUAUCCGAGGUUCUCAUCUUUGGACGCAUGAAUCGUUUGUCCUUGGAUGCACGAUUUCUGCCCAAUGGCUCCAGCUAGAAGGUUGUAUGUUCCAGUAAGACGUGGGAAAGGGUGAAAGGGGGGAGGGGGAGG